AUGCCAACCUUCCAGAGCAACAAGUUCCGAAGCUCCGGCGACGCCAGCAAGAUUGGAUCCCAGUACCGCCGCCUCAUGAACAAGCAUCCCUUUGUCAUGUUUGGAUUGCCAUUCAUUGCCGUCGUCAUUGCCGGAUCAUUUGUGCUCACACCCGCGACGGCCAUUCGAUACGAGCGACAUGACCGAAAGGUGCGACAAAUGACCAAGGAGGAAGAACUUGGCGUGAGGCGGGCGGCCCGUAAGGUGGAUAUGAAGGAAGAGUACUAUCGUCUCGCAGGUCGGGAUCUUGAUAACUGGGAGCAGAAGCGUGUCGAGCGAUUACCGGGCGAAAACGAUGGCAUUCUGUGA